CAAAAAGUGAAGACUAAAUAAUGAAAUACUGCAAUAGUCAUUCAGACUCACAAAGAUGCACUUACUGUUAUAUCACAGAGGAUACAAUAGAAGAUCUGUUUAUUCAAAUUAUAUGCAUUUUUUAUUAUGCAAUAAAUGGCCUAAAGAAGUUAGAUGAACAUCACAGAAUUUAUAAUUUUGGGGUUUGGAAAAUUUGGACAAUGGCAGUCUACUCUUUUCUUUACUUUUCUAAUGCUUUAUAUUAUAGCAAUGGCUGGAAAUAUUCUUGUUGUAAUUUUAAUUGCAGUUGAUCAACAUCUUCAUACCCCCAUGUACUUCUUCCUAGGAAAUUUGUCAUGCUUGGAAACUUGCUAUAUCUCAAAUAUUGUACCCAAGAUGAUGAUCGGCUUAUUGACUGAUGAAAAUACCAUUUCAUUCAAUGGCUGUUUUUUGCAGUUUUUUUGCUUUGGCUUGCUAGUGGCUACUGAAUGUUAUCUCCUGUCUGUAAUGUCAUAUGAUCGAUAUUUAGCAAUAUGCAAACCAUUGCAUUAUGCAAUGAGUAUGAAUGCUCGAAUUUGUAUCCAGCUAGCAGCUUCUUCAUGGAUAAAUGGCUUUAUAGCUGCUUUGAUCCUUUUAAGUUUAAUGCUACAACUUACAUUCUGUGGUCAAAAUGAAAUUAAUCAUUACUUUUGUGACACUCUUCCACUAAUAAAACUUUCCUGUAGUGACACCAGCCUGGUAGAACUUACAAGUUUUAUCUUUACCUUUGCAUUUACACUUCCUCCUUUUGUCCUCACUGUGACUUCCUAUAUAUACAUCAUAAUUACCAUCUUGAAAAUUCCUUCCACUAUUGGGAGGAAAAAAGCCUUUUCCACUUGCUCAUCUCAUCUAAUAGUGGUUUCUAUGUUUUAUGGAGCCAUCAUGAUUGUAUAUUUGUUACCAAAAUCUGAAGCACUUAGUGAAGUUAGCAAAAAUUUUUCUCUGUUAUAUACAGUCCUGCCCCCUGUUGCAAAUCCUCUCAUUUACAGCCUGAGAAAUAAGGAGAUGAAGGAUGCCAUGAAGAAGACAUCAAUAAAGUUUAUAUCUUUUAAGUUUUACAGAGGAUAAUUAUGAUGGUUCAAAAUGAGAACAUUAGUAAGAAUCUUACUUUAAAUCUUUGAACUUUCUGCCUUCUUCGCAUGAGAGUUCAUUAACAUCUUUGUUCAAAUAUGUCCAAUCUGUUAGUUCAUAUCUCAAUUAAGUCCCUUCUGGAUUAUUUCAGUAAUUUGUUGACAGAUCAUCCUGACUGUUUUUCACAUCUUAAGUCAAGUAUGAAAAGUUUGGUAUGUAUAGCUUUGAUCUCUCCCUGUACACUUUGCUUCUUAUUUUCAACAAUCAUUACAUUGUUUUGGUCUUUGUGGGAAAUAUCAGUUUCACUUUAUUGUACUUUAACAUUUUCUUUUACAACAUUUAUUUUGUAGCGGUUUUAAUCAACCAUAAAAUCAGUUGUCAAAUGUUCAUAUUAUUAUGGUACCUAUACUAGGAAAUUGUUAUGAUUUUUGCAUUUUACGAUUAUUAUAUAGUAUUUAGAAUUAUCUUACAAUACUUCUUAUAUUGUUUUACAAACACACACAAUAUCAAUAAUAAACCAAUCAUACACACAAAAUAAAGUUAAGCUAAAUAUU